AUGGACUCGCAUAGAACCAAAACAUCAGCUGCGUCUGAUACAGCUACGCAGUGUGCUAGUGGUGUUACCACACCGGAUGUUUUCGCGGAAGAGAAGGAACAGCAGCAGUACAAACAGGAUAUGGAGGAGGUCAGAUCUACUCACGACGAUGCAACCAACAAAAUUCAAGAGGAGUAUCCUAGUGGCAUGCGGCUAGUUCCCAUCUUGAUCGCUGUACUAUGUGCAGUAUUCCUUACUGCUCUGGACAUGACCAUCAUUGGCACUGCUAUUCCCAAGAUCACCGAUGAAUUCCAGGGCCUCAACAUGGUCUCUUGGUAUGGCUCCGCGUACUUCAUGACAUUUGGUGGUUUCCAAUCCGCAUCUGGUAAAUUCUACCGUUACUUUCCGCUUAAGUGGUCGUUCCUCGGGGCCAUCUUCGUCUUUGAGAUUGGAAGCUUGGUCUGUGCCGUGGCUCAGAACUCUACAACGUUCGUCGUGGGUCGCGCAAUCGCUGGUGUCGGCUCUGCCGCUGUAGUAACGGGUGCGUUCACUAUGGCUGCAUUGUCUGCCGAGCCAAAACGACGACCAGCUCUUAUGGGCCUUGUUGGUGCAGUAUACGGUCUAUCUAGCGUCGUCGGUCCGCUUUUGGGAGGUGUCUUUGCAGACACGACCCCACCGCAAGUCGUCGUCGUCAAAGCGACUUGGAAAGAGAAGUUUUUGCAAAUGGAUCCUCUCGGCAUCGCACUUGUCAUGGGUGGCAUCGUCGCGUACAUCCUGGCACUCGAGAACGGUGGCCAGAAGAAGCCUUGGGGCAGCAGUCUUGUCAUCGGCCUAUUGGUAGGCUUCGUGGCCAUUCUCGUCACCUUCAUCGUAUGGGAGAUCUUCAAUGGCGAGCGCUCGAUGCUUCCACCCCGUCUUCUCCGCGAGCGCACCCUAUGGCAGCCAUCCGCUUUCAUCUUCUUCUAUUCGUCAGCGUAUCUUGUACUACUGUACUAUCUGCCGAUCUACUUCCAGAGCGUUGACAACCGAAGCGCAAUCAACUCGGGUGUACUCAACCUUCCUUUGGUCCUCGCAAUGGUGAUAGGCAGCAUCAUUAGUGGCGGUGUUGUAUCGAAGACGGGCUACGCUGCGCCUUUCAUGAAUGCAGGUGCUAUCCUAGCGACUAUCGCUACUGGUCUGAUGUAUACGUUUGACAUCGGCACUGGACUAGGCAAAUGGAUAGGAUACCAGGCUCUUUAUGGUAUCGCAGUGGGCUUGGGCUUUCAGAUGGCCAUCAAUACAGCUCAGGCCAACGCAACGAUAAAGGACAUGUCCUCGGCGACGGCAACAGUCUUUUUUUUUCAAACCAUCGGCGGCGCAUUCUCAUUGACCGCUGCCCAGUCCGGCUUCGUAAAUCGCAUGAUUACCACGCUUGCGAUCACAGCACCAAACGUGGAUCCGCAAGCGGUAAUCGGAACUGGAGCUACUCAGCUUCGACAGACAUUCAGUACCGAAGAUAUACCGGGCAUUGUGGUGGCAUACAUGGCAGGAAUAAAAGUCGCACUCGCUAUUGCGAUCGCUUUGGCGGGUGUAGCGGUCCUAGCUGCCGCACUUACACCCUUCAAGAAGCUCAACAUGGAGAAGGUUCAGGCCGGAGCUGCGUAA